UCAUUCUGUUUCCUGUGUUGCAAUUCCUUAAGCUAUAAUAUCCGGUGCAGCUAUUACCUAUAGAGAAGGGAUGUCACUAUAUAAUUGUCCCUGUUGCUUGAUUGCUUCCAGAUACACAGGAUUAAAUGUGACAAGUCAACUGGCCUUAUUGAGAUGGUAAUGGAUCGGUUUACUAUUGAAAACGAAGGUACCUACACCAUGCAGAUUCAAGAUGGAAAAGCCAAAAGUCAAUCUUCCCUGGUCCUUAUCGGCGAUGCGUUCAGGGCCGUCCUCGAAGAAGCUGAGUUUCAAAGGAAAGAGUAUCUCAGGAAGCAAGGUCCUCAUUUUGCUGAGUAUUUGCACUGGGACAUUACAGAAGCCUGUGAGGUCCGGCUUGUCUGUAAGGUUGCAAAUACCAAGAAAGAAACGGUUUUCAAAUGGCUCAAGGAUGAUGUGCUGUAUGAAACUGAGACCCCACCAAACCUGGAGAAGGGGGUCUGUCAACUGCUCAUACCAAAGUUGUCCAAGAAAGACCAUGGUGAAUACAAGGCAACCUUGAAAGAUGACAGAGGUCAAGAUGUAUCUGUCCUUGAAAUAGCUGGCAAAGUGCACGAGGAUAUGGUCUUGGCAAUGAGUCGAGUCUGUGGAUUAUCUGCCUCUCCCCUGAAGAUACUCUGCACCCCAGAAGGAAUCAGACUCCAGUGUUUCAUGAAGUACUUCACAGAGGAAAUGAAAGUCAACUGGUAUCACAAAGAUGCUAAGAUUUCAUCCAGUGAGCACAUGAGGAUUGGAGGGAGCGAGGAGAUGGCAUGGCUGCAGAUCUGUGAGCCCACGGAGAAGGACAAAGGGAAAUACACUUUUGAGAUCUUUGAUGGCAAAGACAACCACCAGCGCUCCCUCGACCUGUCUGGACAAGCGUUUGACGACGCCUUUGCAGAAUUCCAGCAGCUCAAGGCAGCUGCAUUUGCAGAGAAGAAUCGUGGCAAGGUGAUUGGUGGCUUACCUGAUGUGGUGACCAUAAUGGAAGGCAAGACCUUGAACCUGACCUGCACGGUGUUUGGAAACCCUGACCCCGAAGUGGUUUGGUUCAAGAACGACAGAGACAUUGAGCUGAGCGGGCACUUCUCGGUGAAAGUGGAGCAGGCCAAGUACGUCAGCAUGACCAUCACGGGGGUGACCUCUGAGGACUCCGGCAAGUACAGCAUGAGCGUCAAGAACAAAUACGGAGGAGAGAAGAUUGAUGUCACUGUCAGUGUGUACAAGCAUGGGGAGAAGAUCCCAGAGGCCUCUCUGCCCCAGCAGGCCAAACCCAAGCUCAUCCCUGCGUCCACUUCUGCAUCUGAAUAAGGGCUGUUUUCCAGCUCCGGGAGAAAAAGCCUGGGAGUUGUAGGAAUGCUGUGUGCUGUGCUGAAUGAGUGCCAGGACCUGAGCGAUGUCAUGUGUGGGCAGAUAGCCAAUGGCACACUAGGCUUCUGAGUUUUGCAUUCGUGGUUAUUAUUUUAUGUCUAAGCGGAGAGCUAAUUUUCUGCAGGGUGAACAGUUUGCAUGGACAUGAGGUGAAUGAGCAGGUGGGGAGGGGACAGCUCACAUGGUCACAGUCACAGGCACAUGGGAGCAAUGCCAAGUGUGUCCAGCAUGUGGUAUUGUGGGGAGCUGCCACUGCCCAGUGGUGGGCGAUGCUGGUGCCUGCAGGGCCUGGCAGCUCCAGAACCCCACUGUGGAGGUCUGCUACCUGGUUAUACUGUUUUCUUUCACGAUAGGCUGAUAAUACUUUAAAAAGCAACUUGUGGUUUCUCUGUACCCAAAUCCUACCUAACCCUAUCUUCCUCUCCGGGCUUGCUUCAGUGUGGAUUUUCACGCACCUUCACAGCAUGUGGACGGUGCACUUAGAGUCCAGAGAGCCAGGCGAGGUGCAGAACCCCCUGUGGGACUGGGCACCCGGCCUACACGGACCUGCCACAUCCCAAUUCCUGAGAAGCGUGUGUCUUGUGGACGUCAGAAAUGUUACUUGGAUUUCGUACAUGGAGUAAAGAGCCUCUGCAGAGGAAAACAAACUGUGUGGCUGACUUUGUUCUUAGUGUGCUAGCUAAUUAGGGAGGAGGUCCAAAGGGAGGAAGACACUCAUCUGAAGGGACAAUUGUCACAGCCAUGGAGAGAGAACGAGGUGAACAAGUCUUUUCUUUGAACUUCGUGUUUUUUGGAAAGAGGCUGAGAUUCCUCUGGCAUGAAACUCCCGCCCAAGGAUUUCAGUGUAAUAGUUACUUUAGUGCAGAAAAGGCUUGGGUCGUUAAGAACAUUUUAUCGCUCUGGGUCAUUAGGGACAAUCCCAGUUUUAUGACAUUUUGUU